UUUAAAAAUCCCUCAUCUCCUCCCCUUUCCUCCCGCCUGCCGCUUCGCUCCAGACACCAGCAAAAGCGAGAGGGAGGGCGACUGCUCGCCGCUGCGCCUCCUUUGCAAAUUUUCCGGAGUCCCAUGUUGGGAGGAAGAAGAGCGGGAGAGGAGGCCCGCUAUCUCUUUGUGCGCUAUUGCAAGAAAGGUCGCUUGCUCGGGUGUGGUUUUUGAGAGUGGGGGGGAAGCACUGAGGCGCUGCCGGCUUCUCCAUCCAUCCAUCCAUCCACUCACCUAACCUAACGGGAACCAACCCACUGCUUGGGCUACAGAUACAAGCGGGGGUGCGAUGCAUCUCUUCUCCUCGCCGACGGGUUUCCUGGGGCUCGCCCAGCUACAAGCCUGCCUCUACUGGAGCUGCCUGCUGUGGCUGCCGGCCGGCGGGCAGCCGCAGAGAAACCCGCCGCCGCUGCCUCCCGCCGCGUGGAGGCAAAGGAUCCAGUGGGAAAACAACGGGCAGGUGUACAGUCUCCUAAGCCUGGGCGCCCAGUACCAGCCGCCGCGGCGCAGACACGGCCAGGAACUCGCGCAAGGCGGCCACGUGUUGCUUCUCAGGGGAAACAGCAGCUCGCCGCGCAGGGCGCAAGUGGUACCCCCCGCCGCCACCAGCCCCACCAGGAGGCCGGAGGCGCGGCACUGGUUUCAGGCCGGCUACCAGCACUCAGCCGGCAACAAUGGCGGCGGCAGAGGCCACAGGACUCAACACGACGGAAGCUCCCCAAGGGACCACUCGGCGCGUCGUCUGGAGAGCUCCCCGUCCAGGGCAGGCAAUGGGAGCAGCCCCCCACCACUAAGCAACCUCCGGCCUCCGCGCCGGGAAGAUGGUAUGGUGGGAGACGACCCCUAUAACCCCUACAAGUACACGGACGACAACCCCUAUUACAACUACUAUGACACCUAUGAGCGGUCCCGCCAGGACGGCCGCUACCGGCCCGGCUACGGCACCGGCUAUUUCCAGUACGGUCUUCCUGACUUAGUACCAGAUCCUUAUUAUAUCCAAGCAUCCACUUAUGUCCAGAAGACAUCCAUGUACAACCUGAGGUGUGCUGCUGAAGAGAAUUGCCUGGCAAGUUCAGCUUAUAGAUCAGAUGUCAGAGACUAUGAUAACAGAGUGCUUCUGAGAUUCCCUCAGAGAGUGAAAAACCAAGGCACAUCAGAUUUUUUACCAAGCCGACCACGAUACUCUUGGGAGUGGCACAGCUGUCAUCAGCAUUACCACAGUAUGGAUGAAUUCAGCCAUUAUGACUUGCUUGAAGCAAGCUCACAUAGGAGAGUAGCUGAAGGACACAAAGCAAGUUUUUGUCUUGAAGAUACUUCUUGUGAUUAUGGAUACUAUAGACGAUACGCAUGUACAGCACAUACACAGGGAUUGAGUCCUGGCUGUUAUGACACCUACAAUGCCGACAUAGACUGCCAAUGGAUUGAUAUUACAGAUGUAAAACCUGGAAAUUAUAUAUUGAAGGUUAGUGUAAACCCCAGCUAUUUGGUACCAGAAUCAGAUUACUCCAACAAUGUAGUACGUUGUGAUAUCCGUUAUACUGGCCACCAUGCAUAUGCUUCAGGCUGUACAAUUUCACCGUACUAAGAUGAAAGAAAAUAUAUACACCAUUGCCUGAGAUUUUGCAAGGAGGUUAUUUCAUAAACUGAAAUAGGAUGUAAAAACUUUUGAAAACUGAAGAAAAAAUGACCAGAAUAUAUGCGUGGAAUUUCAAUGCAACUUUAAUGCAUUGAGACCUUCUUCAGAAUGAAUUCUCUUGCUUUGUUCAUGCAUUCAGCUUUUGCAAAGUGUGAAUUGGUGCUUUAUAUGUGUUUUCAAAUUCUGUAGGAAAGUUGUUCACAGAAAUACAUUCCUUAGACUACUGGAAAUCUGUGAAUGAACUUACGAAACAAUGUAUAACGUGCUCAGGUAGACUAGGAUACCAAGAGCAUGCUUGUGUACGCUCAGUCAAAUCGUGUAGUUUGUCUUAAAAGACACAUCUCCUCUUCCCCAAUGCCAUGUCAAAAUUUUUUGAUAUCAUCCCAAUCAGUGCUACAUCACAAAAUUGUUUCAUAUUGCCCUCCAUUUUAUAGGAGGGUUUUGCUAAUGCUUGAAACUUCCUGAGAAUUGUGGAACUAGUUUUAUAGGUCUUUGGAUUAGAUAUAAUCCUGAAAGACCAGAAGGCUUCCAUCACUGCAAAACUAACUUCACACAUUUUUUUGCCAAAGACAGAGAAGCAUUGUUCAGUUUCCAAGAACUCUUAAUAUUUAAUACAGCAAUGCCUGUGCACCAGUUUUUUUUACACACUUACGUAUGAAACAUGUUUACAUUUUAAAUGUAGUAUCAAGUUAGCCAUUAAGCCAAAAGCAUACUGAGAUUUUGACAUGAACCACUUAUUUCGCACUGUUGUACAACACUAAGCAGCCCUUUCUCAAUGCAGGUAGUUGUAUUUGCACAUUUUUUUCUUACUUGGUCAGUAUGGAUGGAAAACUUCAUAUGCAGGUCUUCUGAAAGUGCUCCGCAGGAAUAGAAUUUGAGUAACCUGCAUCACUAUUUCCAAACCUGUGGGUCUACAAAGUAGGUUGUAAAGCCUGUGAACAUGGGGCAUGGGUUUUUUGUUGUUGUUUUAUUAGUGCAUGAUAUUUUUAAGUGGGUCAUCAAACCAAAAAGCUUGGAAAUAAUUGAUAACCUUAAAAAUCACAUAUGUUCAGUUUUUAAAAAAGUAAUAGGACACUCAAGUGGCAUCAUAAAAACAACAAAUCAAAACCUUGAAAAUAUAGCAUAGAUUUAGUGGGUGAAGAAGUAGGAUACUGUAGGUUACUCAUGAACCUGCAAAAUACUGUCUUUUAAACUGUUUAAUUAAGAGCUCAGAAAAAGAGAAGCUUUAAAAUAUUAUAUGAGUAGGCUGUCAUAAUAUAACUGACAUGGAAUGUGUUGAUGGCUCAAGAGCCAGUCUUGAAAUAUUUGGAACUGAAAUAUUACAACCCCCAAAUAACCCAAUUGCGAUUUAUUCUCACUGUGAAUAAAAAGCUAACAGUGAGGAGUCUUAUUUAAAACUGUGAAAUUAUGUCUUACAGAGGGAGCAUUCCCCUCUCCCUCCCCACAUGGCCUUGGUUGUCAAGGAAUGGAUCCUGAAUGUACUCAUGUAGACUAUGCUUGGAUAACUGUCUGACUUUUAAGAAGGGCUAUAUUUUGACUACAUUCCAUAUAGUACAGUGCAUAAGGAGUGGUGUACUUAGUUUGGAGCAUCCAAAGUAAUUUGUGCCACUUCAGUGGUUUAUAACAAUAAACAUAUUUAGCUUGAAUACUGACUAAAUAUUCUUGAGGGCUAUUAAUCUUAUUCCUUUUGAAAUUUAGAUAAAAUAUUUUUUUCUAAUGAAAGGUGCCACAGUAUGUUCUUAAAACUUUCCAGGCUGUCUUACAAAUGUGCUUCUUCCUUUCCAUUUACUAAUGCCAGUGCCUUCUACUCCUUUCUUUAAUGGUUUUGGACACCAAUCCUGGCCACCAUAUCUUCUUACAAUAAAAGUGUAUUCAUACAUACUGUGGCCUUUCCUUUGUGAACAACUACAGGUAACCAUGUACUUUCUGGCUUGUUUAGUUGCAGGCCACCUUUCUAAAAAAGCUUUUGCAGUAAAUCUAGAACAAAAUGGGGCUGGUAUGGGUUAGCCAGUGACUACUGAGGUCAAUGCAAGCACAGGCAUAAUGAUGACGUUAUAAUGGCAGGUCAACGGUUGACCUACCUGACAGUUUUGAGUAAUUGCUACACAGAAUCACUAUGCAAAUCUCUAAUUAUGGAAUGUUUUCUAUGCAAAGGUAGUCUUUUCAUUUGUUAAGAGCAGGGGUUAUGCUGAUACUUGUGAUGUGAACAGGAAUUAUAUGUUAUUUUUGGACUCUGGCAUUAUUUACUAAUCUUAAUCUAAAAUUAAUAAUUUAUGCUGAUUCAUUGUGAUUACUGAGAAAUUAGCAAUGACAUAUCAAACAUUAUUAGGGUGGCAGGCAUUUUCUUAACUAUUCUUGGUUGCUCCAUAAUAUUUAGUACAGAAAGAUUUACUGCAAGCAUUUCAUGAACCAUGAUAAACUAUAAGGGAUUUAUGAUAAAUAACAGUACAUGAACAUUUUUUCAGUCAGGGUUUCUGUACAUUCUUAUGGUUUCAGUUGGGAAAAAAUCUGAAUACUGAUUUCAUUAGAAGUGGUCUAUCUUGUGUCUACACAGAGAUCAAAUACAUUGUUUUCACAUUCCACAUAUCUGAAGGUGCUUACAUAUUUUAACUUGAAAUGAAACAAAAUAGCUUGCUGUCAGGAAAUCUAUAAGCAAGAAGUGUUACAAGUUUUAUUAAAUGCCACUUAAUAUUUUUGAACAAAUUUUCAAUAUUUACUUCAGUUUUUUAAAUCUUAACUCUAAAACUCAUGCAUUUUUUUCUGAAAAUUAUUUAUAAUUAUUCAUAUGCUAACUUUGUAUUCUUCAUUGUAUUUCAAUAUUCUUGUGCUACAUUCUCAUAUCAUGGUUGAAAAUUUGUGAGAAUGGCCUGAAUAAAAUGUUUUAAAUGCUUA